UCUCAGGGCUGCUGUCCUCUCCCCGCCUCGCCUGGGCCGGGCCUCCUCCAGGCACCCUAACCCUGGCGGGCUGUGCCGGCACAGGGAGCCGCGGCAGGCACUGCGUGAGGACCAUGCCCAGCAUCCUGGCUUACCAGAGCUCCGAAGUGGACUGGUGUGAGAGCAACUUCCAGCACUCGGCGCUGGUGGCUGAGUUCUACAACACGGUCAGCAAUGUCACCUUCUUAAUCAUCGGGCCUCUCAUGGGCUCCCUGAUGCACUCCUACAUCCAGAAGCGCACCCGCUACAUCUACUGCACCUUGGCAUUCUUUGUGUUCACAGGCCUUUUCUCCAUGUACUUCCACAUGACGCUCAGCUUCCUGGGCCAGCUGCUGGAUGAGGUCUCCAUCCUAUGGCUGCUGGCCAGCGGCUACAGCAUCUGGAUGCCCCGCUGCCACUUCCCUGCCUUCUUCAGGGGCAGCAGGUCUCAGUUCACCUGCAUGAUCCUCAGCGGCACUGUACUUGUCACCUUCCUGUCCCUCGUGAGGCCCACAGUCAAUGCAUACGCCCUCAACAGCAUCGCCAUCCACAUCGUCUACAUUGUGCGCUUGGAAUAUAAGAAGACCUGCAACAAGCAGCUCCGGCAUAUGAUUGAGAUAUCAGUACUUCUGUGGGCCAGUGCCCUGAUCAGCUGGAUCAGUGACCUCUUCUUCUGCAGCUUCUGGCAGCGAAUUCGUUUCUUCUACCUGCACAGCAUCUGGCAUGUGCUCAUCAGCAUCACCUUCCCUUAUGGCAUGGUCACCUUGGCCUUGAUGGAUGCCACGUAUGAGAUGCCAGGCCAGACCCUCAAAGUCCGCUACUGGCCACGGGACUCUUGGCCCGUGGGGCUGCCCUACAUUGAAAUCCAGGCUGAUGACAAGAACUGCUGAGGGCGGCUGACCCCUUGCCCAUGCUUGUGGAUUCACCCGGGAUGUGAGGGUGGAGGCCUGCACCAGCUCUGCACUGGAAGGACACUCUGGGUGCUUCUCUCGUUCUCGUCCCCUGCUAUAUCCUGCCCUAUCCUGCCCCACAGCAGGGGGACAGUGUCCUAGUGUCCCGAGUGGCAGUCUGAUGCCCCUGCCAUGGCUCCCCUCCAUCACCUUCCUGUCCUCCUUCACUUCCUCCUCUGCAUCCACACCUCCCCCCUGGACACUGUCACAUCAGCUCCUGAGGCUGGGUCCCCAGGGACCAGGUGGGCUGAAUGCCAUACCAGUGUGGGUUAGAUCUGGCUUUGUCCGUGACAAUGUCCCCGGUACUUGAGGAGCAUCACAGAGAACAGAUAACAUCCGGGUCCCUCACCAUACAGCCUCACAGACACGCAGAGACCUCACAGACGCUCAGGCAGGUGCCCUGGACUUGAGGGAGGAAGUCAUCGCCGGUGGACAUCUGAGGACAGUGGGGGACACCCUGGGCCAUGUGGGCACUGUGGACCCUGGGGACCCAGAGGGGA